AUGGCAGCAUUCAUGAAUGUGCGUCGUAGAAAAGUUUACAAACAAGCGAGGAUAUACAACCAUAAUAUUUAUCGUAAAUUAUUUAGGUUUAACAGAGAAAAUGUAGAGUGGCUUGGAAACCAUUUUCUUGACGAUAAUGAGGAUCCUGUAGAAACAAGAUGUGGAGCCUUGUCACCUACUCGGAAAAUGGAGAUAUUUUUGAGAAGUUUAGGAGAUCCUGGAUUUCAGCAAGGAGUUGCUGUUGAUUUAGAUGUAAACCAAAGUACUGUAUCCAGAACCUUGAUUACUGUAUCUGGAGCAAUUUAUUCCAAGAGAAAUAACUGGAUAACAUUUCCUAAUACUAACGAUUUACUUGGAGUUGCUAUCAAUGAGUGGGCAAAUACCAAGUGA